CUAAAAAAAAAUAAAGCCUGCACCCGAAGCCUUUUUCCUUCUCUUCUCCUUCCACAUCGACCACCACUCCACCUCCUUUGGCAUCGGAGCCGCUGCCAUGACUGACGACGACGGGAUGGACGGAGCCUCCGCCUCCUCCUCCUCCGCCAAUGAAGCCCUCACCGAGUUCCGGUCGCUGGUGGAGGCCGCCGAGCGCAAGUUCGCUCGCGUCCGCGACCUGCCGUCUUUCGCGCGCGGGGCCCUACACGUACUCCACUUCCGCAAGGUCUUCAAGGCCUACACUCGGCUCUGGCACUUCCAGCAGCAGCGCCGCCUCGAGCUCGUUGCGGGCGGCCUCCGGCGCUGGGAGAUCGGCGACGUCGCCUCACGGAUCGGGCAGCUCUACUACGGACAGUACCAGCGGACCAGCGAGGUCCGCUUCCUAUUCGAGGCCUACGUCUUCUACGAGGCUAUCGUGAGCAGGGGAUACUUUGAGGCGGCGAGGGCGCCUGCGGCGGCGCCUGAUCUCAGGCUGAGGUACAAGGAGCUGAGGUUCCUGGUGCGGUUUCUCAUCGUCGCGCUGCUUCUGAACAGGAAUGGCGAGGUGAGGCAGCUCGCCGAUCGGUUUAAGGCUCUGGUAGAGGAGUCAAAGGCCGCCUUCCCGGCGAUUAACUUUAAAGAAUGGAAGCAAGUGGCACAAGAAAUUUCCAGAUUUUUGAAAGCUGAUGCAUCUUCUAAAAUUUCAAGGCCUAUAAGAUACAAUGUUUUAUUUGAUGCUCACCCUACCUCUUUCCCAUGUAUAGCAAGAUUUCACUCUACAAGGGUGUUGAGACUGCAAGAUGCUAUAUUGACAAGCUAUCACCGGAAUGAGAUCAAGGUUGCAGAGCAUACACUCGACACUUUCAGGAUGCUGCAAUGCUUGGAAUGGGAACCCAGUGGAUCCUCCUACCAGCUUCUGACAAAGGAACCAUGUGAAAAUGGUGCUUCCAGUGACCAAAGUGGUGCUUCAGGACUGAUUGAUAUAAACCUAGCUGCUGAUAUGAUGGAUCCGGAUCUGCCUCCAAAUCCCCAUAAAGCAGUUAUUUACCACCCUUCUGUCUCACAUUUGAUAGCGGUAACAGCUACAAUAUGUGAAGAUCUGAAUCCAGACAGCAUUUUGCUAAUCUAUCUUUCAGUUUCAGGAAAACAUGAUUCCAAUGCUAUUCAAAAAGAUAUCCAUGGAAAGUCAUCAAGCUUCUCAAAAGCCAACUAUGCUCCACAUGCUUCAUGGGAAAGGGACAGCUCAUUGUCUCAACCUGCUUCUUCUAAUAAGCCAAAUUCAAUUGCUAAUUUAGGACAAUAUUUAUGUUUAGGUUCUCAGGGGGCUGGAGGUUCAAACAAUCUUUAUCCUGAAGACUUGGUUCCAUUUACACGAAAGCCACUUUUUUUGGUCAUUGACAGUGACAGUAGCCAAGCAUUUAAGACUCUUCAUGGUGCUGAACGAGGAGAAGCAUCCAUCUUACUUCUUUCACAUGAGAAGCCACUAUCAGUAUCUGAUACUAAUUCAACGCUAAGAGGAAGCCAGUUUACCCACUUCCUAACUGCUCCAUUGCAAGCAUUUUGCCAGUUAGUUGGCCUUUCUCCAGAUAUUGAAGCUGAUUUAUAUAGUGGUGCUGAGAACCUACUUUCCUCUGCUAUAGCUGAAUGGGAAGUGGCACUCUGUACAUCUAAUUCCCUUGAUCAGGUUUGGGCUCAAGUAUUAACUGAUCCAUUUCUGCGGCGACUCAUUAUAAGGUUCAUCUUUUGCCGUGCUGCUCUUUCUCUCUUUUAUCCUUCAAGGGACAGUUCAAUGCACUUACCUGAAUGUCUUCCUAAUCUUCCCAAGUCCGUCUCUCCAGAGUCUGCCAUAACUCAGAUCCAUAUCCAUCUUCUUGCAGAAAGAUUCGGUGUUUUAAACUAUUUUCACUUCACUGAUUCCAUCAGGGAUUCUGUUCAUAGCAGAUAAAACUUUAUAACCAUCUGUAGAUAGAACCAUAGUACAUAUCUUCCAAUCAUUUGUUGAUUGUUUUGUGUCUAUACCCGGCUACAUAAACUCUCGCAGAAUUCUUGCAGAGUGAAUCAUCCACAUGAUUCUGUAUGAGGUUGCAGGUUAUUUAGAUCAUUCUUGAGCAAGUUACAAUGAGUUUUGUCGAUAAUAGCAUUGGUGUGUGUUAAUUUUUGGCAGUGUAUAGACUGUGAACUCAUCUGUUAUAGCAGUACAGUGGACAAAUUUGAGAGUUUUUCAAAUUGUAACAACUUGCAAUAUAAGGCUUAUUUUACAUGGUUUGAUGCA